GGGAGCGGUUUGCGAUUUGGUGGACAUGCUUGGUGGAAAACCAUAAUUGUUGGUCAACCCACCCAGCCCAGAGAGCGACAUGGCAUGGAAUAAGCUACUACCCGUGCGUUCUACUCCAACAGUGUGCUCAUGGACUAUCCACUAAUGAAGCAGGACGGACGGGGAUAUAUUUACGUCGAAAAUGGCGCCAAAUACGGCAUGGAACCUGGUGUGGAAAAGGAAUCCGGUGAGAUAUAUGGCGUCUCAAUGUAUCACCAGAUCCAUUGUCUCGGUGUGAUUCGUCGACAUUAUUAUACCCUGGCAAUGGGGAUUCAGAAUGAUGCUCCAGCCGCAGUCAAAAAAGAAGCAGAGCGACAACUCCGUAACGAGCAUACAGGUCAUUGUUUUGAUUAUCUGAGACAAGCGUUUGAAUGUUCUGCCGAUAUGACCCUAGAAUGGCCGAGAACAGAGAAGGAUGGAAGACGGUUCCAGACGGAUGGAAGGGGUAUUCCUCACGUUUGCACCAGUAAGGUAAGGCUUUCCAUAUAUGAAGGUUACUCCAGCUC